UGCUGGUAGAACAUUCCAGAACCCCUCUCUUCCCGCAUCCGAGAACUCUCUAGUUGUACUUUUCGUUUUCUAUAAGCCCUUCCGGCUCUCCUUAUUUUUCCCACUUCAUCCAAUCAAAUCAAAUCAAAGUCAUUCACCUAAACCCUAUGGCCGACGAAGCCAAAGCCAAAGGCAACGCAGCCUUCUCCUCCGGCGACUACCCCGCCGCAAUUCACCACUUCUCCGACGCCAUCGCCUUGGCCCCCACCAACCACGUCCUCUAUUCCAAUCGAUCCGCCGCAUACGCUUCUCUCCAAAACUACACCGAUGCCUUAGCCGAUGCUAAGAAGACCGUUGAACUCAAGCCCGACUGGUCCAAGGGCUACAGCCGUCUCGGCGCUGCGCAUCUUGGCCUUUCCCAAUACGGCGACGCCGUUUCCGCUUACGAAAAGGGACUCAAAAUCGACCCUAAUAACGAGCCCCUCAAGUCGGGUUUGGCCGAUGCGCAGAAGGCCCUGGCCGCGGCCUCUAGGCCCCGCUCCUCGGCUGCUAAUCCUUUUGGUGACGCUUUCUCUGGGCCUGAGAUGUGGGCCCGUCUCACGGCGGACCCCACCACUAGGGCUUACCUUCAACAGCCAGAUUUCGUGAAGAUGAUGCAGGAUAUCCAGAGAGAUCCUAACAACCUCAACUUGCACUUGAAGGACCAGAGAAUCAUGCAGGCCCUAGGGGUUUUGCUCAACGUCAAGAUUCAAACACCUCCCACGGGGGCUGACACCGAUAUGCCGGAUUCUCCGUCGCCCUCUGCGGCCGCGUCUGAGAGGAAGAGAGCUGCGGAAGCUGAGCCUGCAAAGCAGCCCGAGUCUGAACCCGAGCCCGAGCCCGAGUCCAUGGAAUUGACUGGGGAGGAGAAGGGCGCGAAGCAGAGAAAGGCCGAGGCUCUGAAGGAAAAGGAUGCGGGAAAUGCAGCUUAUAAGAAGAAGGAUUUUGAUACCGCGAUUCAACAUUACACAAAGGCUUUGGAGUUGGAUGAUGAGGAUAUUUCGUAUCUCACUAACCGCGCUGCUGUCUACUUGGAAAUGGGAAAGUAUGAGGAAUGCAUAAAAGAUUGUGACAAGGCUGUUGAAAGAGGAAGAGAACUAAGAUCAGAUUUUAAGAUGAUAGCAAGAGCUUUGACAAGGAAAGGAAAUGCCUUGGUGAAAUUGGCGAAGUGCUCAAAGGAUUAUGAGCCUGCCAUUGAGACAUACCAGAAAGCACUCACCGAGCACCGCAACCCUGACACUUUAAAGAAACUUAAUGAAGCCGAAAAGGCAAAGAAAGAACUAGAACAACAGGAAUAUUUUGAUCCAAAGUUGGCUGAUGAGGAGAGAGAAAAAGGAAACGAAUUCUUCAAGCAGCAGAAGUAUCCUGAGGCUGUGAAGCAUUACACAGAGUCUAUACGAAGAAAUCCAAAAGAUCCUAGGGCUUAUAGUAACAGAGCAGCAUGCUACACUAAACUGGGGGCAAUGCCUGAAGGUUUAAAGGAUGCAGAGAAGUGUAUUGAACUUGAUCCAACCUUCGUAAAGGGUUAUACCAGGAAAGGUGCAGUCCAGUAUUUCAUGAAGGAAUACGAGAAGUCUUUGGAGACAUAUAGGGAGGGGUUGAAAUAUGACUCUAACAACCAGGAGUUGCUUGAAGGCAUUAGAACAUGCAUACAACAAAUUAACAAGGCUAGCCGUGGAGACUUAAGUCCUGAGGAAUUGAAGGAGAGACAGGCCAAGGCAAUGCAGGAUCCCGAAAUUCAAAACAUCCUUCAAGACCCUGUUAUGAGACAGGUAUUGAUUGAUUUCCAAGAAAAUCCCAAGGCUGCACAGGAACACACGAAGAAUCCAAUGGUGAUGAACAAGAUCCAAAAGCUGGUCAGUGCUGGAAUUGUCCAAAUGAAGUAAAUUUGUUGCAGGUGGCAGUUCGUGUGAAAAAGUAAUCGGCAAUGAUGUCUCAGUGUGACUAUUUUGACAUUUAAAUAGGAUUUUGAUUGGGGAAAAAGUUGGGAAAUUUUGAGUUGUUUUUACCUUCGUUUUGUUUUAGUGAAUUCAUAUAAUUUACGAGUAUCAAGUGCCAGUCCAUUUUUAUAUUUAAUUGGCUUAUUGUGGUGACAUGACUUUCUUUUAAUUUAAAUCGAUGGGGGGCGAACUUGAAGUGUGGUUUAGUUUUUAAGGUUAAUAAUUCUAAAUCCUCUUUAUCCUAUC